GUUUAUGAGGAAGGCAGAGUUACGUCAGCUUGCUGAGGAAUGCGAUAUGAAUGAUGAGGAUUUCAAAGAGUUUUGUGAACUAUUCACAUCAUUUGGUAGCAUCUUUGACCUUAGUCUUGUUGAUGAUACCAGGGAUAUUAUUAUUGUCAAACCUAAUGAAUUUUUAUCUAAUCUCAGUAAAGCAUUUGACAACCCUCCAGAUUCUAAGAUGUACACUGAAAAUGGCAUUAUCACCAAAACAACAGCUAGAGAAAUGUUUGGGGCCAAUCAGGGAGAGACAUUCAUGUCAGUUCUAGCAUUAGUUGGCAUGGUAGCAGUGGUGCCAGGUGGAAAGUAUGCUGAAGAUGAAACUCAUGAAGUUUGUUAUUACAUGCCUUGUGCUCGAAAACGUAAGCAAAAGCGCCUUAUAGACAAGGAGGCAGUCAGACUACUACGGAAUAAUAGACGUCCUAUAAACUUUGUCAAUUUUGAAGUUGCUUUUACUAAUUGCAUGUUGAAGCACAGUUUUGUACAACUUCAACCGUCAACUGAUGAAAAUUGUACCAUUAUAAAAUGCACCGAUAACAACAGCAUAAUAACAAUGACCUAUAGAGGUGACGAGACUGAAAUUAAAGUUAUUCCUUCUUCAAAAAAGCACACCCUGUGUGUUGUGCAGGCAUUCAAAGAAAUAGCAGAAAUUAUCGAUAAAAAGAAGGGCCGUGGACGUUUCAGUUAUGCUUUUGCUAUUAUGUGCUCAAAAAAUGAAAAAGAGUAUCACCGACUUCCACAUGAUGUCAAGUUGUGUGAUGAAUGUAAGUCAAACGCAGAGUAUAGUGACUGGAUAGAAGCAUUGACUGAGGAACCAAUACCUGAAAAGUUUAAAUUUGUGACUGAUAUUGAAUUUGAUGAUGUCAUUUUUGUUACAAAAGAAUUAGUAGCAUGUUGUGACCAAGAAAUGCUGACUGAUUUAUUCAAGAAAUGCUUUAAUGCUGAUUACAAGGAGUCACUACCACCUUGGUUGAAUGUCCUCAAUCAACUAACUAACUGGAUAACACAAGAUUUAUCAAAUGUGCCAAAUAGUUCAGCAACAAAGGCUGAGCUUGCAGCAAAACUGAAUAAAUGGAGCAGCACAAAAGAUGGCAAAAUCAAGGCACUGGUGAAAAGGUUGUGUGACUACAAUAGCUCCAAUAAUUAUUAAUGUGACCUAGAUCUAGUCAUUGCUGAUAUGUUCUUUAAUUUUUGGUAGUAAAUUUUUAUUAAUGGUAGUGUGUAUCUUUUGAUUAGA